AUGUCUGAUUUUGAUCUGACAAACCGGAGCACGCAGUGUACAGAACCUGAGAUAGACUACAUUGACCCACGGAUGAAACUGAGGGAUGAGAUCCUUGUCUUUGUUGAUGGUAAACGGGUGAAUGAGAUCUACUGCCAGCCACCCCUUGCUUCCCACAGGAAACUCUUUAACAAGAAGGAACAGAAUGAGUGGAGUAUCUGGGAGGAGAACAGAGUACUCUGGGAGGAAAAUCAAGCCCUCCGGAUUGAAAACAGGGUGCUCUGGGACGAAAACAAGGCUUUACAAUGUCUUCAGUCACAGAGCAAACCUGUCGAGGUUAUUUACACUGAUGAUAUUCAGCAAAGCCUCCAGAAGGAAAAUAAGCCAUUGUCAUUCUUCCAAAAGAAGCACAUAGGCUUUCCGGUCAGGCCAGACAACAAGGCUCUCCAGGAAGUCCAGGAAAAGAACAGAAUCUUAGAGGAUUUCCAGCGGGAGAAUAAAAGAGUGCCCAUCAACUGGAAAGACAAAGAAACCAUCACGGUCCUUGAAGAGAGCAAAGAUGCCAGCACAGACCUUCAGAAGGACACUGACACCAUCACAGCUGUGGAAGAAGGUAAUCCUGGCCCAACCCCACAGCAGGAGCAUGAAGCUAAAAAGAACAACACCACUCCAACCCAGAAUAAGAUUAAGUCUGCUCCAAGCUUUCAGGGCGAGCAUGAAAUCCUCCAGGCUCUCCAGGACUUACCCAAACUCCUCCACAUCUUCCUGAAAAUGAACCCUGUACUUGAGGAGAAACAAGGAUAUCACGUUCCCUCCAACGUGAACAAAUCCUUCGAAGAAGAAUACAAUAUAUUGAAGAAGCAGAUGAAUGAUGUGAAAAAUACUGUGUCAGACAUUACGAUACAAAUGGAAAGAUUGGAAAAGGAGCUCAUUGCCAUCACUUCCCUAAUGUAUGAAAAAGAAGGACAGAAGCUGGCAAUUGAGCAUCAGCUUGGAGAGAUGUGA